UACACUGCACGUUUAAUUACGCGUUAAACGAUUAAUUUUACAAAUCCACCGAGCCAUUUAAUUCACCUUCCAACUAACGUCCCUUCUCACCCUUCGUUCGCGGGUGUACGCCGCGAAUCGAACUAACAAACCCUGGAGAGGAAACUUCUCGAAUCGAAGAUGACGAUCCACGAACGAUACGCGAAAAGAUUACGUUUCUCGAAUGACGAAUAGUCAGAAUAACAGACGUCUUAAGCCACUUAACCGAGGAUUUCCAACGGCUCUUUGAUGUUUCGCGCACGAGGGUCCGCAGUGAUUUUCCACGGGGUUGUAUUCUAAUUUCACGACGGUAGUGGCGAUGGAAUUGACCGCGACGCAGGUGGGUCGUUGGCCAGGAGCAAAGACAAUUGCCGAGCCGCUCGGGGAUCAGUCGCGUCGCGAAAGCGGCUUACCAGGGAGAAAAUGAAAUUUAAUUAACUGGAAACGACGCGGAAUCGCCGCUCGUCACGCGGCGCUCGCGUGAGCCACGACGCCUACGCGUCAUGGACUAGUAUUCUUUCAGCAGUGGCUAAAUGUAACUGCAGCUUUUAGACGGACGUUAUUUUCGUUCGUCCGAGAUAAAUUAAAUAUUCGCGUGGGUGAUAUUGUUGAACAUUUUUACUAAUUAAUUAAUCCAUUCAACGGUGGUCUCUAAUUAACGAGAUUUUCUCUAACUGGAAAGGAAUCAAGAACCGACAUUUCAAAGUCUUGGCCGUGGACAUCAUCAGCCCUUAAUGAAUCCAACGAGUCAGAUGUAAAAAGAAAAUUGCUCCAAAGAGUAGAAAGAGGAAAACUGCUCUAUUAGUUACAGUGAAUCGAUGGAAUUGCGCGUCAGACAGUUCCGCGAUAUCCUUAAAUCCACCCCGCUCUCUUCCAAACAAUAUUUCGUCCACGAAGAUCUCUCUUAAAAUUUUUUCCUCUGCUAUCGAGCCGCUAUAAAAUUUUCUAAAAUACAAAAUCGCGAAAAAACAACGAUACAAAGGGACGUGAAAGCCGGAGGUCGAUCGAUGUGUGCGAUUUAACGUGAAAUGGCCUGCGUCGAGCGCGAGGGACGGCAGGGGCGGAAAAACAAAGGAGGGUGGCGCGGGGGCGGCAAGGGUGGUAGGCCGGAGUGAAAUCGACGAGGGUUGGGAGAACGGGAAGGCGGAUGGGACGCGCGGGUUCGCCAAUACAAAAAGGGAACCUGGAGAUUAUGAUCUUCCAUUCGUUCGCUCGUUCCAAUUAUUUUGUCCAAUUAAAAUAUCGAUUUUCUCCCCCCGCCCCCUGUCGUGGCUCUGCCUGCCAGUACGUUCGCCUUUUACCGUGUCGUCGUCCUCCCCUUACCCCUCGUCUGCCUCCCCACCCCUUGCAUUCUACCCCAUGUUUCGCAGACAACCCUCGAUCAGAGGCGAAAGCGAAUUUUUCGGCGCCCCACGCCAAACAAAUCGACGUUUCUUCUCGUUUCACGAUCGCAAGGUUCGAAUUUGUUUUCUCAAUGAUUUCUCUUUCGCUCUUUCGAUGGUUUUCUUUAAACGAAACGUUUGACGACGUUUUUAUGAAGCGAAUCACGAUUGGCGGUUUGAAGCGUGGCGGUGUUUACGGCUUUUUAAUUAUACACGCUUGCAGUACUUUCAAUCGAUAUCAAAGUCGAACGACCUUAUCUUUCGUAGAAGCGACGGACGAAGACCUCGAAGUUUCUGUAGACACCUGGAACGAAACAACUGUAUUUCUUUCGACACACUAAUUUUUAAUUGGAUAAAUAUUUAUGAAGUUACACAAGUGAUUUUACCUUAGUGUUUGCUCGUACACCGAACAAUAAGAAGUGUACACAACCUUGACGUAUUGAAUGCUACCGAGGAUAAAUGGAGCUCGAACGUUUUCUUUUGCCACCCUGCUUAUUUGCGUCAUUACCAUUCGUGACGUUAAUAAAUUUCGAGUCCAUUGAUUUUAAUACAAAUAAAUACAGAGAUAAUAUAUCCUUUAGAAGUCGAAGAUAUUCCAAGUGCUCUAAGCAAAAUAUAAAAUAUUCGAUAAUGUUUUAAGGCUUCGGUUAAACUUUCCGAGUUUAUCGAGAGGCGACGAACCCCGAUCGGCGUAUUUCAAUGACUCCGCUAAUAGAAUUUGUCGAAACGAUCAGCCAGGCAAAUGUUUUCGAGGGCAAAUCAAUCACGAGCGUUUCGCGAAUUGCAGACCGGCUCUCGGUUUCGUUGUUUUUUACGGGAAGAAAUUAUCCCUCUAAACGGCUAUUAGACACGACCGGCGUGUGGAAGUUCUCUGAGAAUAGACGAUCUAAUUCCGUGAACGGGAGGAAGGGAGGAACGGAGAAAGCUCCGUCGGAUGGUGCGAGAGAAAGAGGUGGGGGAUGAAGGGCUGGAGGGGUUGGAGACGGACCACCGUGAUUGCAAUUUUAACGCCAAUUUGACUUGAAUCUCUUCUGGACGAAAGAAAUAGUGUUUUCAUGCUCAAUAUAGCGGCGUGCUAAUAAUUAACGGCCACGCUGCGCCACUUUGUCGUUUAAACGUAAAGGGUGUCCCAAUCGUAUCGGUUCAGCAAGUUCCACCGUAUCUUCGAAAUACGUAAUAUUAUUCCAAGCUGAUAUUAUUUUAUAUUACACUAAUAGUUCUACAUCUUUUGAUUUAAUUCUAUCCAAUUGCUAUUCUUCGAUAAUAAUAAUACUAUGCCUUACAUCGUGUUGUCCGAUGUUCGAAAUACGACGUAGGUAUCGCCAAUUAUCUCGAUUCUCAGCUCACCGAAAUUUUUUCUUUUUAACAGACCUCCCCAAAUACUCCUACAACGUCGAUCCAAACAGAAACCGUUUUGUUAUCCGUUUUUUCUUUUUUUUUUUUUUAAUUUCGUCUAAAAUACGAAACUCCGGGUCUGCCGAAACGCGCAUGCACGCGGCAACGGUCCCGGGAAAGAUCAAGCGAAACUGGAUGACACACCGUGUACGUGUACCGAGCGGGUCUUGCGGAGCUAGCGGGUGGUCCUCAUUAUGUCGGCUUCCCCACCGCUCAGCCGUCCUAUCUAUUUAACGUAUCGUUUGCCUUGGUAACCAUCCAAAUUGGCCCAUCCCUCUCUAUGCGCUGCCAGUCACCAUCUCUGCCGAUCUCACUUGUGUUCUCCUUAAUUAUUCGGUAGCCGAUGUUUAAUAACGCCACCGUUGCGCGUUUCUCGCCAACGCUCUUCGACCCGAUCCUUAAUAGAAAACACUCGUUUCCCGCGAACGGUGACGUCGAGUCGUUCCUCGAUGAUCGACUAUGCGAAGACCAGGGACGAUGUUCCGUUUAUAGUUCACAGGGACAAUUAACGAGGGAAGAUUUUAGAAGAAAUCGUCGUUUUGCAGAAAUUAAGAGAUAUUUUAUCGAAGUUUAUAUAUUUCUGAAGAUAGGCAAGGAAGAAGGUCGUAAAAAGAGAUUCGUUUUAUCUACCAAACGUUACAACGACAUUUACGUUGGCUAUUUUCUAUGCCUCUGCAUCUUUGAAUUUCUCACAAACGUAUAAACACGCGUAUUAUAGAUUCGACGGAAAUUUCGAUAGUAUCGUUUCUUCGCUGAAAGCUCUCGUUGGUUCGGCAAACCGUUGGAAGUAUUCGCGUCAAUCUCGGUUGUUCGAGAUCCGGCAUUUCCCGUUCCCGCUACAAUUCCAUCGAGACAGAAUUAAUUCAUCGUUACAGGAAGCUUGUACGUUGUUGUACGUUGCUGUGUUGGUUUCUUCGGAACCGCGUUUAAUUUCAGAAUUUCAAUAGCCGCGUGAUCGACGUGGGUCCUGCCGCUUCUUGCUACCCACGGUUAACCGGAAGCAGCGUGGUGGUUAAGAUACCGAUACGAGGCCGAUGAAUUCGAAAGUCAAUGGCCCGUAAACUUUAACGGCUGUUGUUAACGAAAGACAUCUCAUUUCGCUUUGUUAAAUCGUUUUACGAUCCCCUUUGUCGAAGUCGUGAUUUCUUCCUGACCAACUAUCGCGUUGUAUUACAAAGUUUCUAGAGAUCUGCGAGUUUUCCCGAGUUUAUCGUAGUCACAACUCUGUAUUGCAGAAUCUAGUCGCGAUACAGAGCGGACGAAGCGUUCGUAAAUUCAAUAAGCUAUAACUGACCGAUAACGCGCGCGUAAACCGAUUUCCCAGCUGGGAACCGCGUUGGAGGCCGAUCUGUCCAGGUCGAAACUAUGUACAAUUACCGUUUUAAUCUGCAGUUUCGAGGGCCAUAAAUAUCCGCGGAGCCGCUCAUCGACACCGACAAAGAGAACGCGGCAGAGAUGCCGGCAGGGAAGUUUGCGCGAGCAAAUUUAUUGCCGCGGCCGAUUCCACGCGGACCAAGCGUCUAUGAGCUUUUAUUCCGCCGCGGUAUCGACAGCCUCGAUCGGCGUUCUUCUCUGGUCGCGCGGGGCUUUUCGGCCGAGUCACCGUGACAAUUAAUCGCCGUCGUGCUUCGUUCCUGCGGUAUUCGCGUUUCGAGCAAAAAUAUAAAGGAGAUUUUCCGUGAUUUUUAACGUUACUCUGCCUGGCUUUUUGUUGGCCGAUGGUAAUCUGUAGAUUGAAAACCGUGGAAACAAAGCAAGGGGAGGAUGAAGAACCGAAGCGAUUUUUACUACGGAGCUUUUCGCGUUUCUAACCGAGUAUAUUAUCGCGUAUUUUACUCGAACAUACCGAGAUAAACCAUUCGAACGUUACCGCAAAACAAAUGGAUUAAUUUAAUGAAAACACAUUGAGGAUAACGUAGUUGCGCUCGGUCUGACCAUAAUCGGGUUAAAUCUACUGUAAUGUAAUCAAACCGUUCUAUGAUUUAAACGCGGCCUGGCGCCAUCUAAUAUCGAAUUUAUCCGCGUAAAUACAAUCUACAAAUCCACCGUCGCUCCAUUUGUGCCAAGGGAAACGAUCACGCCAAAAACGGCCACGUCCGAUGGAAAAAAUACAGCAAGCUUCCUAAAACGUUUUCCUACGGUCCAGUUCUUGCAACGUUACGGAAGACAACGCGGAUAGAAGCGAAACGGAAUCGUUUCCAUCGAUCCCUGACGAAGAUAUCGAUCCCCUUUGGCGGGCGGAUGAAGUGGCAGCGCGAGACGGCGGAAGUUCGCGCGAUGAAAUUUACGGCUGCAGCCAAUUCCGCGCAAAUGGAAGAGCAUCUAUGAGGUUUUAUUCGGCCUGGUUAUCGCUGCCACCUAUCGGCAGGCAUUUGUUUUUGCUUAUCGGCGGGGCUACGUCAAGCCCGUGUAGGGGGAGGCCACCGUAAAUAUGACGGACGGAUGCGACGAUGGGAUCUCAGCGGCGUCAGAACAAACGAGCGCCACGGACCCGAGGUCCCGAAAGUCUCGUACUCGGCUCGAUCGAGGGGGAUGAACGGCCAAGAGACCUCCAGCGCCGACAGGGCUCCCGUUCGACUCCGAAUCGAUAUACCUGGCUGCGCGAACAAACGAAAUCUGCCAGGAGAAAGGGCUGCUCGAACAAGCGCUAUCUUCCAGUUCUUUCCUCUCUUCGCCCCUUUUCUCACGUCUAUACUCCUCUUAUACGCAUCUCCGCUCUUCCAAAAGUUUCUUCCCCGUGUUUCUACUGCUACGUUUCUCCCUACGUUUCUCUCCCUCGUUAGAGCGAUCAAGGAAUCCGUAUUACGCGAACGACGCGCGACGGAUCCGUAGUCGUUCGAUUAUACCGUUUGAUCAGUUGGAGCGUGAUCGAUCACAGGGAAAGCCGGUCGUUACUUCCACCUGAGAUUUCGAAACGUCAGAACGUAUCAAUAACAACGCGAUGAUCGAAAGCACUCGAGGCGAGCCUGCAUUUUUCCUCUCUUAAUCACCGACCCUAAUUGGUCAAUUACGCUCAUUACCGUCUCCUACGGUAGAGAGGCGAGUCGAACGAUAAAAUCACUUUUCUCUCUCUCUCUCUCUCUAUAUAUAUAUAUAUCGCUAUCUCUAUCUCUUUCCUUCGCUCUGCUUCUCUCACCCUCUCUCUCUCUCUCUCUCUCUCUCUCUCUCUCUCUCUCUCUCUCCCUCUCGUCCGUGUGCAUCAGCAGAGGAGGUAGCUCCCCACCAGAGAACCGUAUCCAUGGGUAAUCCCUGCCUGGCGUGCCUCCCCUGAAACCGAGCUGGACGUAGUUGCAAGAGAGAAACUUAUCCCUGGCAGGGAAAAAUCCGCGGGUAUAUAGCUCUGGUUCGACUCCGUUUCACGGUAGAGGAACCCGGCCAUGGAGGCGGAGCGAGCAGAGCCAUGCCCCUUCUGCCGCCUCGAGGCCUCGCCCACUUUUGAAUUUCCCCUUUCUCGCAUUUUCGUCCCCUCCUCGAACCAUCGUUCCCGCUCUGACAACGUCUCUUUUCAAACAACGGCUGGGUCUCCCACUAACCGAGGCGCCUCCACCCGCAAAACGAAAAAGUCCGAGCGCCGCAGUCGACGAUGGUCAAAGUCAGUCGACACGGAGAGCUCGAGUCGAGUAGAGGCUAGUCCACGUUAGCUGGCCGGCAGAUCCAUCGAUCCGUCGAUCCUCGGCUCACCUGUCAAACGCGUCACGCAUCAUUCCUCACGCGUUUCCGUGAUUAUUCUUGGACAAUUGUCGUCGAGUGUCACUCGAAGAUCAUCGGAUAGCUACAUAUUCGAUCGUUUCGCUUUCUUCGACGUUGAGUCGCGUCGAUGAGAUCGUGUGGAAUCAGUGAGAAAGACAUUUCGUUGAAUCACGGACAUUCUAUUUCUCCUCUCGCAUCGGCGACAAGAUACUCGACAAAGGUAUCGGCAAGAUGAGAGCAUAGAAGAUCGAAGAAGAUUUACUCAGAGUGACUCAGUGAAGAGAUAUAGAUUUACAGAGGUGUUCAAUCGCGGUCUAAGAAUGACAGUACUAAGGAUGACCUCCCCGGUGACGCCUCCAUCGAGCAGUCCAGGUUCCCACGAGGCCCAGGCGCCCCAGCCGACAUCGAAACCGGUGCAUCGAUUGAGCUUCUCCGUCGCGGCCUUGUUAGCCGACACUAAAAAGUCGGACUCCUCCAGGCAAGAAACGUCCUCCGUAUCACCCAGAUCAUCACCCGUGGCCUCUUACUCCCCCGUGAGACAGGACAACCUACCAGUCAGUCCGAAUUCCGCGUUACAAAAACAUCCAGGUGACUACAGAUCGAGAUACCUGUCGGUGUCUCCGAGCGUCCAGGAACAUAGACGGAUCGCACACGGCUCCCUGGACGCGAGAGCGUUGACCAGGUUUCCCGAGAUCGAGGUGGACAGGGUAGAAUCCCCCGGUCAACGCUCCAGAACGCUGGAUUACGCGGUUCGAACCUCCACGGACUCGGGAUCCACGUCGGAAGUCGCACCGUGUUCCUCGUCUCCCAAAGUCGUCACGGUCGGUCACUCGGAUUUCGGUCCACAAUCUCCAAGAAGCAGCUCUCACGAAGCCAGGUCCAGGUGUUCGGAACCGGAAGACAUCGAGGAAGAGGACGAGAACAGUCUAGUCGACGUGGAGGACCUACAGCAUCAGCACCAGGGAAGCAGUCCGACGCCGGUCAGACCGACUCCAGCGUAUAUCGGAGGAUUCUCCAGUUUGGGAAGCAUCUCUGGCAUUCCAGCCGGGCUACAUCCCGCGGUUUGGGGUGGCGGACAUCAGGGUGCAGCGGCAGCAGCAGCCGCCGCCGCCGCCGCCGCUGCCACAGCGAGCUUCUUCCCCUCGCACUUCUCUCAUCACGCGCCAUUAAACGAGAACGGAGAACCGGCCAAGAUCAAGUGCAACCUGAGGAAACACAAGCCGAACCGGAAGCCGAGGACGCCUUUCACCACGCAACAAUUGCUCGCGCUCGAGAAGAAGUUCACCGAAAGGCAAUACCUCAGUGUCGCCGAGAGGGCCGAGUUCUCCUCCUCUCUUCAUCUCACCGAGACCCAGGUGAAGAUCUGGUUCCAAAAUCGUCGCGCGAAGGCGAAGCGUAUGCAGGAAGCGGAGAUCGAGAAAUUGCGGAUGUGCGCGGUCAGGCAGCAGCACACGACGCUGUACGGCUCUCAUCCGGGACUCUUGGCCCCGGCUAGUCUGUAUCCCGUCGGAAUGCUGUCUCAUCCCGGUUUAACGCCUCAUCAUCCGAUCUCUCAGCACUCGUCCAGAGAAUGAAAGCGACAGGAGGAGCCAGAGACUCGCCACGAUCGGUAGUGAACCGACCUGUCCUCGAUCCAACGAUCGAUUCUUCUGCGAAACUGUUUCUGGAUCCGUUUGGAACGGAAGGAAGAACGAAGAAAAAAUGAAUCGAAGGAAGAACGUAGGAUCCGUGAGUUUUGAGAUGUCAGAGGACAAACAAGAGAAACGGACGAAACUGUCGUGAAAUGAAAUUCACAGAGUAUCGAAGAACGGAAGAGGAUGAUCAGCGAGAAGUCGAACGGAUGCCGGCCGGACUCGUGCAAGACGAAUCCACGUGUUUCGGUGAGAAAGUGAUUCAGAGCGUAGAGAGGUGCUCGAUCGCGAGUUAGAAGCAUCGACAAGAAGACAAUACCUUCGAAGUGAAAUACCUUUAUGAGAAGUCUAACCAAAGUGAAACGCGUCUCCGAGAAGAGAAACACGAUUCUGGAUGAAUUUGUGGACUCUCUCUUCGAACGAUCGAAUCGUUCAAGUAAUGAACUUGUCUGGUGAAAGACGACGGGGAGAGAGAGAGAGAGAGGGACCCAAAGAACAAAACGUCACUUCUAUGGGCAGCCAUAGUGUAUCGCGAAUUUGUGCCAAUAUCAGACAUGCUCCCGUGUCUUGUACAUAGAGUGUAAAUAAUCGUUCUCCAGUUGAAAGUUUACGUAGCCUUGUAAAUAGGAUGUUCGCGAGAUGAACGAUAGUUCUAACCUGCAAGGAACGGUGGAUCGAAGCCGCCGAGGCCUGUUUUCCAAUUUUGUAUAAAUGUAAAACCGUCGCCAAGAGAGUAGCAGAGUUUAUUUAAUAAACACACAGUAUAGAAUUAA